UCAGUGUUGUUUUUGUUUUGAAGCGAAGUGGUCGAGAGUAGUGCCAUCGGUAGAAUAUUUUGUGUGUUUUUUUUUUGCGCAAAUUAAGCAUUUUGAGCCCCUGAUAAACGAUAUAGCAAACGACGAAUUUUCUGUGUGAAAAUUGUUGACAACCGGCCGGGAAAGGCAACCACUUCAAACAAUCCAGGACAGACAAGGCAUUUAUAGGAACAAAAUGGGAGACGAAGCCACAGCCACCGAAACUUUGGACCAUCAAGAUCAUCAUGUGCACUUUGAUGCGGCCACAUUGAAGGAUGACUUUGAAUCGGACAGUUGUGUGACAUAUCAAAGGUCGGGCGACACAAUUGUCGUUAGCCUGGGAUUUCUGCAAAUCAAUCAUCGAUAUCUGAUUGACUUGAAAUUGCCGGCCACAUUGUUUGGUGAAGUGGUGGCGGCUAAAGUUGGCAGCAAAUUUGUACCCGUUGUUAGUGCCACACCGAAUCUGCAUUGCCGCAUCACCGAAUUCGCCGGGACCAAGCACGAUGAGCAUGAUUUCUACGAAAUGAAAUUGGAGUUCUUUGCGUAUAAGGAGAAGCUAUUACGCGAAGUCCUGCACAUUGUCAACUCGAACAAUGCCAAGGAGCUGCUGCAGUUGGUGAUUGCAGCUCGAGUGCUCGGCAAGGGCAAGGGAACACCAAUGCUGCGGACUGGCAUCCAUUGCAUAGGAGUUGAGCGCGAUGACGAUGAAUCGGAGGCCUCAGAUUUCGCUGGUUUUGAUAAGCCCUAAAGACGCUGACUGCCUCUGGCCCUUCAUUUAAGCCGUUCAGUCUUGUUAAAUUCUACUAUUGACGUGUAUUUUUUUUCUUCCCUCUCCCCUCUAUGUCGCGUGUCCUAGUUUGUUAAGUAAAAGUAAAAGUAAAACAAAAUUAUAUAUGUAACUAUACAAAUAUUGUAUGAGAAAGCUAGUUUUUACAUAAAAUAAGAAAAAUAUGUAUGUAUUAACCGAAAUUGUAUGUAAAAUUCAUUGAGCAUUUGUUGUGCAUUAGUGGGCAUGUUGUUUGGCGUCUCUCUAUGUGUCUGUUAGUUGUCACACGCUAGUGCAGUGUACUUAGAAUUCGAUUGUAUUUUAAGAAGGCUCAGGAAUCAUUAUUCCCCAGAUAGAAUUAGAGGAGAGUACUAGAAGAAGGAGGAGGAGGUGGAGGAGAUUCCGUUUUGUGUUCGAUUCCAUCAACUUGUAUCAACAUGUGGCCAAAACUGUCACAAUAUUGUAUUUAACUUGUAACUAAAAUGUCAAUUUCGAUUAAUAAGACACAUGCAACCAAUCGACUAACCACACACACACACACACAAACGCAUAGAGAUUGACUGUGUUUUGCAAGUAAAUAAUGUCUAUCAAUAAUCUGAGACAGCGACUUGACUUGGUGGUUUAUGCAAAUAACAAUAACAACAAGCAACCAAACAACUAACCAACAAACAUUGGGAAUAUAUAGUAUAAAUAAAUAUAAUGCCCACAAAUGCAUUAAACGAG